AGUGAGGAUAGGCAGUCACUCACACACACCACCACCCACACUCGCUCAGUCAGUCAUUGAAGACAGAGAUGGCUAAGCAAAGUUGACCAUUGGACCCUAGACUUCUUGUCAGCCAGAUGAACACACACAAACCAGCCCACAAAGCCAAGGCUAGGCAUCUGUGCUUCCUCUUCCUCAUGUGCUUCCCUUUGGCGUGGGGUGGCGUCCCUGGUCCAUGUCGGCACUCUGUGACCAAGGGUCACCUCCUCAACCUCAACUGCCUGAUUGAUAAUCAGUUGGAGAAUGGCUGGUCAAUAACCUACGUAUUCACUGAGCGCCAGAGUUUGAGUGAAGUCUGUUACAUCAAAGCAGCAUUUCCACAAAUCCUGGAGCUUCUGAACACACACUUCAAGUAUGUCAGGAAAUCGGACAAUGGGCGCUAUGUCAAACUCUUGAAAAAGGUCAUAUAUGACCUCUACUCCCAAAACUGCAUACCUGAAAUUAAUGAGGAGAUUGAGGACACCCCAUUGAAGUUUGUCAGAAUGCACAGCACCUCGCCCAGAGAGGCUCUGACGAAAGCCCGGGGGGUCAUUGAGAUGUACAUGACCCUGAUGACCAAGAGCAACGGGCCCGUCGACUGGAACUGUGAGGAAGAGUAUGCAGAGGAUUACCAAGAAUCCACCACUGCCCUCCCCACCCACACCACAGCUGAACCUGAACCUGAACGCCAGUGUACAUGUCCCACAGUGGGUCCGGUAACCCCUGAUGUCUCCCUGGUGUCCCACAGCGUAUGGAGCAGUCCCCCACAGCCCACCCUCUCCCAACUCACCUCGAUUGUGCCUCCCAGGCCGACUCAUCCAUCCCUGGGUACCAAUGGCGCUGAGCCCCGGGUGUUCCUGGUGAGUUCUGGUACCGUAACAUCCCCCUUCCCCAGGGAGCUGCAGCGGACUGGCCCCGAUGGACGUUCACUUGGAGGGGGCAGAGAGGGGGAUAUACACUGGGACUUUCAUCCACCUUCACCCAAUGGAACUGAGUCAGAUUCGGGACUCUACCAGGCAGUUGCUGACACCCCCUCUGCCACGAAUGAACCUUCCCCGUCUUCCCCUCCUAGUCUGGUUCUCCUGGGGACCGUUGGCUCCCAUGACGAGACAUUUUACUACCCCCAGACUGAGAGGAUAAGGGAGACUUCCACAGCCCGACCAGCAGGGAGAGGAGCAGAAGGCUCACCCCACAGUCACUUCGCUGUUGCUGGGGCUAAGCUGGUCACACCAGUCCCUUUCCUUUACAAGUUGAUUGGCAUCACCCCCAGUAGUGAUGAGAGCACUGCCUAUGUGUUGGCCAAGAGGUCGCUGGAUGCCAGGAAUUAUGGAAUACUUCAGGAUUGGGUUUCAACAGAGACCCCUCAACUAGAGGACACUAGAGAAAAAUACCCAGGCACAGAGAGAUAUUUACAUGACUGGAACUCUCCGAUUGAAAGCACUACGACCGAAGCAACUCUACGUUUGAAGAUGACAGUGGAGGAGCCAGACAAACUACACACCACUACAGAGGCACACGACCAAGUCACGAAGACUGAGCCAAACCAUCCUAGGACAUCCUAUAAAGAAGUAUUCAGCACAGAUAUCCUGUCAGAGAGGACAGCGGUAGACGAUGCUCCUAUUUCAGAAAGGUCCAGUGAAGGCUCAGUGAAGGAAUUCCGGCAUGGGAAAACUGGUCACUCCGAUUUAAGCAUCUCCUACCAGACAGCCUUUAUCAUUGCAGCAGUGUGCAGCGGACCAAUCCUGAUCAUUACCCUAUUCUGUCUCAGUGAGAAGAAGAGACUCCAAGCCCUUAUCCACAGUACCAGCAUAAUUGAAAACCAGAGGGCAUGCAGCAGCAUUGAGGACAUUGAGCUACAAUAUUGUAAAGCCAAGGAUUGAGAGAGUUGGAUUGGUUUAACCUGCCAGUAAGAGAUCAACAACCACGUAAUUCAUCAAACAAGAGAAGACAUGGAAAUUUGGCAACUAUUUACCUCUUGUGAAAGUUUUCCAUUUUUGUAUAUAAAUAUAAAAAAAAAUGUCUAAAGGUACCUAUUUUUAUACAAAUUAAGUUUAUAUUGCUUGAAAGAUUUAACAGAGAAUCAUAUGCUCUCCAAAUUACACAAUAUCUGCAUGCUUCCCUUUUGCUGUCAAAAAGGUUUGAGUGAAUUUAUCUGUUACACACAGCGUUAACUUGACUCUCAAAGACUGUUUGGACAGUUUCAUGCACACCACACACACAUCUUCGAUCUUCCAUGAAAUAGAAUGGACCAAACAAUCCACCAAGUUUUGACCUAGUAUCCAUCAGCACAACAGUCAACAUUAAACUAAAGGAAGUCUUUCCAUGUGACUGAAAGAGUCUCAUGACAUUGUUCAAUGGAGGUGGGCCCAUGAGCCAAAGCAAUACAAGGUGUCAUCACCCCAAGUGGACAGAGGAUGUAUUUUUGGAGAUCAAUAGAUUAAAUACAAACAGAUUAAAUACAAACAGAACACCCAUAGUUAUUUGUUUUGAGUGUACUCCCUACAUGCCAUGCAGCAUACUAUAUUCAUUUUGACUUCUGAUAUUCUCUUGUUUUAUCCCUACCAAAUUAAGAAAAGGAUUUCAAUCUGUCUUUCAUGCCAUGAUGCCAAUGCAAUUGUGUUAUAAAAUGGGUAAUUUGGAUACUGGAUGAUGAUUGGUUGAUAAGAGUUAGUUAUUCACAAUAAUCCAAGACAAAUGCCAGUUCCAUUUUGAUUAUCAUUGUGCAUCCGCUGUCCCACAGCUGAGCCAGGCAAUUCAUAAACUUUAUAUCACAGUAAAAAAAAAGCAUCUACACAUUAUUUCCCUUUACUUCUAGCCAAUCAUUUGAUUUUCAACAGCGGAGAUUUAAACAUGCUUGUUUAUUGUUGCCUGAAAUGUUUUAGACUAUAGGAUACCUAUUCUUACGCUAUCAAAGUUAGACAAUAUCGGCCUACUUCCCUUUUUAUUGUGAAAAAGGUUUGAGGGAAUUUGUCAGUAAUUAUUGUAUACCAGUGGUCACCAACCUUUUGAGUCAAGAUCACUUUGAGUCAAAAUGCAAGCACAGAUCUACUGCUUGGAUUAUUUUCAACAUAGCUUAAAAAAUGUAAGCCUAUGCAACAUUAACCUAUUAAAAACAGUACUGUGUCAGUAAGGUUUGUGUAAUAGGCUAUAGGGCCAAUACAUUGGAAUAUAUUAAAAUGGAACACUGUCUUCCAGCUGAUGGCAAAACUCGAGUCACACUGCAUUAUUCCUGCGUCAUGCAAAAAUGUAUGUUGUUACUCCUAUGAACAGAGAAAGUGAAAUGUUCCUUGAUAUUAAAAAAAGACCAAAGCCGCUAAUAAUAACAACACAAGCUUAUCAAUACACUUCCCUACUCAUUCAUUAGAGCUCCAGUAUUUGUAGUGCAAGUGUUAAAUUCCCCAGCAAGAAAAUCAAAAAUGGUCGCUCAAACAGAAAGGGGAACUUACAAAAAGUCAUUGACAACAACCAAACAAAACAAGUGAGGUUUUAGGAAGGGUUCGGAAAGACACUCAUGAGUUUGUCCACAGAAAGUUGACAACUGUGACCUAUGAGUUUGUCCACAGAAAGUUGACUACUGUGACCUAAAAUAAGCCCAAGAAGAAGCAAAAACCAAAUACAAUCCACAUGAAAACGUAAAGAGGAACUAACCCAAAAAGCGGAGCAAAACUAAAACGGGGACGAUCAGAUCAAGGCUUGUUUUUCUAGAAAUCAGAAUAGGGAGCGCCAACGAAAGGUGUUGAGCCUCCGUCUCUCUCAAGAACUUUAACAUAAACUUUGCUCAUAAAAACAGCAGCUCCUUACAGUAUUCGUUGACAGUCUCUCUCUAGUCAUGGUUUUAAAAGUUUGGAAAUCUCACAGUAUCAACUUCGCUGUAGCUUUUUUUAAUGCCUGCUACAUUACUGCAGAGAAAUCGGAGCAAUCCGAUUGGCCAGCGGUAGGCCUAUAGUGCACUUGAUUUGCUCUCCGGCCCGCCAGGAGGGCGGAUUUGUACCUUCAGACACAUGAAAUGGUUCCACAUAUAAAUCGGAACACCGCCUACAUAAACGUUUGGUGACCGAUUAGAAAAGCUUUAGAAAUCAACCAGUCGAUUGCAAUCGCCCGGUUGGUGACCACUGUUACACACAGUGUUAACUUGACUCUCAAAGACUGUUUGGAUGGUGUCAUGCACACCACAUAACUUUGAUCUUCCAUGAAAUAGAGGAUAUUCUGUCACUGAGAAAAUAUUAUAGACGUCAAGAAAGCCAGUCAGUUGAUUAUUGACAAGUUUUUACAACACAGUUAGGAUCAGCUUGAUAUCUCCUUUUAAAUAAAGGACACACCGUGGCUGCCUUCGAAGCAAUAUGAACCUCCCUAGAGAGGAGAAACAGGUUAAAAAGGUCAGAGAUAGGCUUGGCGAUGAAAGGGGUAGCAAUGUUAAAUAAGAAAGGGUCUAAACCAUCUGACCCAGAUAGUUUCUAGGGGUCAAGUUUAAGGAGCUCCUUUAUCACCUCGGACUCAGUGACUGCCUGCAGGCAGAACAUUUGUAGCAGGGCAGGGGAAGAAAUAGGGAGGAGCAUCGGGGCUAGUCACAUUAGAAGGGGUGGGAGAUGAGAAAUGUUCUACGGGCAAGGAUGCAUGGCUAAGUCAAAUUGGAAUCCUGACUAAUGAAGUGGUGAUUAAACAGCUCAGCCAUGUGCUCCUUGUCAGUAACAACCACAAAAUCAACAUUAAGGGACAUGGGCAGCUCUGAGGAGGGUUUAUUCUCCAGGUCUUUAACCGUUUUCCAGAACUUCUUGGAGAUAGACCCACAGAGAGAGAAUUGUUCCUUAAAGUAACUAACCUGCCGGAUACCCUGAGUGCACUUAUUUCUCAUUUGCCUAAACGAGAGCCAGUCAUCCUGAGUGUGUGUGUGUUUCCGAGCCUUUCGCCAAAUGGAAUUAUUGAGGUGGAGUAACUCUGCCAGAUCACUGUCAAACUAGGGGCUGAACUUGUCUCAUUUUCACUAAAGUUAUUACAGAAAAACAAGACUGAUAUGUCAAGACUGAUACGAUUAUUUGUGAGGAUAACAUCAAGUAGAGUAACCUUUUCUUGGUGUUUGGAGUCAUACCUUGUGGGAUUGGUAAUAAUCUGAGAAAGAUUUAGGGAGUCCCAUUGCUUUAGGACUUGUUCAGGUGGUUUAAGCAUGUCCCAGUUUAGGUCACCUAGCAGAACAAAUUCAGUGUUCAUGUAAGGGGCCAUGAGAGAGGUUAGGGCAUUUAGGAUACAGGCCAGUGCUGAUGGUGAACAAUAACUUCCAGCAAAAGUCAACAAAGAGCUACUUGAAAGGUUAAUGCUUAAAACCAGCUAAUUCAAUUUUGGUGGGACAGACUUGCUGGAGACGACCGAGCACUGAAGGUGUUCCUUGGUAAUGAUUAACACUCUACCACCGUUGGAAGAUCUGUCUUGCCGAAAAAGGUUAUAACCAGAACGAUUAACGUCAGUGUUCAAAACACUAUUUUUUAACCAUGUCUCAGUAAUGACCAACACAUCUGAAUUGGAGCUGUGAACCCACACUUUCAAUUGAUCCAUUUUAGGUAAUAAGCUUCUAGUGUUAACGUGCAGAAAAAACAGGCUUUUACGAGAGCAGAAAUCAGUAAAUCAGAUAUCAGAGCACGAGUGAGAAUAGGGGCCAAUAACAGUAGAUGGGCCAGGGUGUACAUGCACAUUUCCAGAUAUCAUCAGCAGUAAUACAAUAAGGGCAUGGCAGAGGAUAGGGAGAGUUCAGGGUGUUGAUUUAUGACAUUUGAAUGUGCAUUAGAUGGUAACAAGACCAUACAGCAAUUUCAUCAGGUAAGAUGAAUACAAAGCUGGCGAGAGGUGGUUAGAAAACAGGAUAGGUGGCCAAGAGUCUGUGUAAGUGUCCUGAGUGUGGGAACAAAUAUAUUCUGUCCCACGGUCGGGUAACCAAGCAAGUUCAUAGCCAACAAAGCAUACAGGUGUCAUGAGGCACACAACAUAUAGCACAAUAAAAAAAAUAGUCAGUGUGUUGGAGGUGAGCGAAAGCUUGGACGAGAGGGGGGAGAGGGGGGAGGGUUCCUGUACCAGACAGGGGGAGACAGGCCAGGGCAGACGGUGAAUAGAUCACCAGGUGGAAUCCAAGCAGCGGUGCAGCAGACAAUGGGAGUAGGUGUCACACCCACCUGUAAAAAUAUUUUUUCAGGAGGCAGAUUCCUUGUAGAAAAUCCAAGCUUGCUAGAUACUGUAGCUAGCAGGUCUUGGUCCACCAUUUUUUCCACAUUGAAAAGGAAGUCAUUACCUAGCUAUAGCUUUUCAGUUUCAGUACAUCUCUUCACUUAACCCUUGUGUGGAGUUCAUGUUUUUGUUAUUCACCCAAUGUUCGCAGGUCUGAUGGAACCAUGACAUUAUUGGGUUUUUAAAACAAUACAGCCAUAACAAUUUAUGUAAAAAUACCUAAUACUUUGAUGUUGACUAAUAUCAAUGGUUAAUAUUUUCCAUUUACAUCUGAUAUUUUUGUAUUUUUUAUAAAAUGUGAUUUUUGUAAACAACAGUCAGUUAUAAUCAAGACAUUGGUGGAAUGAAUCAUGUUUAUCUUGAACAAAUAUAAAUGAAACAAGGUUUUCAUCACUAUUGAUGUGUAUUGCUUCGAUCUGAACAAAUUGAAAGGAGUAAUUUAACAAACAGUAUUUUAUGGAAAUUAUAAAUUAUCCCCAUUGAACACAAAUUAUGGACGGUCUACACACCACACGAGGGACAGAGUUUUACUGUGUGUGUGUUGCAAAUGUAUUUCUUACACGUGAUGCAUGUGUACUGUGUCUUCCUGUCCUUCUUGGGUCCACACACAUCGCAGCGCUUCUUCUUGUUGCUUCCGGCUGCAAUCUAGAAUGAUGUAAACACUUAGUUCAGGAAUUUUACUAACAUCUCACUCACAUAUAUAGUUACAGAAGGCCAAGGUAGGAGAGUCAGACACACACAAAUGCAACAUCACUCACACAUACUUCCGGUAUUGGAGUUGUUGGUUCUGUGGGUUGGGCGGAUUGGGCACCAGCAUCCUCCUCCUGAAUCCUCCUCACGAUGGCUGCAGAAGCUGGGGUCCUUGGGAUAUGUUGCCUCCUCCGGAUUUCUGGUCUUACCAAUGCCUUGCCCAGAUCCUCGAGAAAGAGCCGUCUCCACCGGAGCUUCCCUCUGUUAAAAUCUGGGCUCAACGCGUUGACAAACGCGUUGUAGUGCGAGAUGUCCAAGAUGUUGAAGAAUAUGACAAGUGGCCAGCGUAGGGUUCUUCUUUUGCAGCUGUAGCCAGUCACCAGCUUGUAUAAGUUGUCCUCCCCUCCAUUUGUAGCAUUGAAAUCAAUUAUGAUUUCUGUUUUUUAAUGUUCCUGGUCAACAGAUUCUCCCAUCCCUAUGCAGCGUACUCAUGAGGACCACAUUUUUGCCUUUCUUUGGCACGUGAACACAAACUGAGAAGAAUUGAUUGGCCUGUUCCGUGUAUUCAGCAGCUGAAGUGGGAACUCUGAAUGGUUUCUUUUAUACUGUUCCUACCAUCAUCAGCUUCCUCUUGAGGAGCUCCUGCCCCGGUUGUGUGAAGUAAAAGUUAUUUCAUGUGAUGUUGUGACCAUGGAGUCCCUGUCUCAUGUCGAGGACAACCUGCAUCCCUUGGUUCUUCCCAGGGGCUCCUCCUUCUGGCUUCCCCGUAUACACAUGAAAGAUCCGAGCUGAUGAAGCAGCAUCACAGGCAACCCAGAUCUUGAUUCCAUAUUUGUGGGUUUAGACGGUAUGUACUGCCUGAAGGGCCAACAUUGAGCCCAGGGUGGUAAAACAGGGGAGGCUGGUCCACCUACUUGUCCCACACUGACCUGAUUGCAGCUAGCUUGUCUCUCUGCUGCCGAGCUGGUCUGGUGUCUGGGUUAUUGAAGAGGAUAAUCCUGGAAAUAAUGUGGAAGUUUUCCAGAGACAUUGAUGCACAGAAAAGUUCUCUGACAGUUUCUGCAUCCCAGGGGGAUUCUGUGGAUUCCCCAUUGGAUCUGAACACACCAGCAAGGAUAAGAUCCCCAAAGUAUGCAUUUAAUUGAGUUUGGUCAAUCUCCUUCCAUCUCUCUCCAAAAACACGCCUUCCCUCCAAAUUAGUGCAGUCCAGAAUGAUUUUCUGGAUGGUGUCUGGGAUGAACAGUUCAAAAUUAGACUUUAUGUCCUGUACAUGAGUAACCGCCAUCAGCGUUGGCCCUAGUAUCAUUCUCAUCACAUUGGCAGCCAUGCGGGGUGGCUCAUUCCAUGGCCAAGAAGACUAUUCAAUAUCACAAUUUUUGGACAUCCAUAUUUCUCCUCCUGCAGGCUGCUGAUGAGCUGGUUGCUGAUGGACUGGUCCUGGGGCUGGCUAAGGGUCAGUCUUGUCCUCCUGAUCCCCAUAUUUGGGAAAAUUCUUCAUCCUCCAAAAUGGAAGAUGCUCCUUCCACACUAGCUUCUCUCUCUUUCUAAGGCCCUCUGCGCAGAGAUUAUUUUUGCCAAAUUGAUGGAUUGUGCAAAGCUAUUGUUUUAUGUGUUUUUUUUAACAAUGUAUUGAAGUAACAUUGUGCUGGUUCGCGCAAGACAUUCUGUAGUUUCACACACUACAAAGGGUAAAGAGUGUGAGAAAAGCAUGAGACAGGCAGGUUAUUGGUGCAUGUUGAAACAGAAGGCCCAGGGAGGAGGAAGACAGGAGGAAGACAGAGUGAAGGCAUUUUUACUUGUUUUCCGCUAUACACACACUUUUCCACACCUUUAUUUCCCUUGGGUCCAGUGGACAUGAACACCACAUAAAAAGGUGUAGGGAGGUGCACAGUGUGCACUCAAUUAAAAUGUGUUAUAUUACAUGUUCUUCACAGAAAAUGAGUCAAGGCCAAUGAGUCUCAAGUUGAAAAAAUAAUUAAUUGCAUAAUUUAUCUGUUAGUAAACAGGAAAAUGGGUCCCUCAGACCCAAACACCACACAAGGAUUAAGGUCAUUUACUUUUGAUACUUAAGUAUAUUUAAAACCAUAUACUCUUAGACUCUUUUAAUCAAGUUGUAUUUUACUGGGUGACUUUCUCUAGUAUGACAAUUGGGUACUUUUACCACCACUGCAGUACAUUAAUACAGUUCACACUCAAAAACAUUAGCCUACUGGAGUUAGUUUCUUGUAUUUACCCAAGUGAGCAUGUAGCUAGCUACACCUGUGGGCUUUCAAAUUGUUCUGUUGUGUGUAAUGUGCAGUAGCCUAGAUCAUAUAUAGAUCAUGUAUUAGAUAACGCCACAAUCUUUUGGGCUUGGGCUCAUAAAAUGUAUUUCAUGUAUGGCUCAUCAGCCUCAGGUAGCAUCUGGCUUUUUGAUCAAAGCUCUAAUCAAAUCCAGACACAGGCCUAUUUAUACGCGUUAUAAUUCUUUUUGAAUGACCCUUCGGGUUUUGGUGGGAAAUACCGUGUUGUCGGGAAGAAAAUAAACGUAUUCUCUGGAUGGAACAUUUGUCAAAUGUUUAACCCUAGCGCUGAUGCCAAUGAAAGUAUAUGCUAUAAAAUGGGUAGUUUGGAUAUUGGAUCCUGAUUGGUUGAUAUGCGUUAUUCACGGAUUAUCCAUUUUAAUUAUUAAGCAUUUUAAUUAUCACUGUGCAUCCACUGUCUCACAGCCCAGUUAGGCAAUUCAUAAACUUUAUCUCCACUAAUAAACAUUUCCUAUUACUUCUAGCCUUUCAUUUGAUUUUCAAAAUAUAAAUAUUCUUUUGAUUUUCAAAGUAUAAGCCUUGCUGUCUGCCUCUCCAAUCCGUGCAACAACGUUGCAAUAGAAAUCAAAUCAACGUUUAUUGCCAUAGUUGAAGUUGUUUGUAGAGCCGUCAAAAUGAGGAGUGUUGUACAAACAAUACCAUCACUGAUUGGAUCAUCUCUAACCAAUCAGAGUAUCAAAUGCUGCUUUACCCAAGUGUUCUGGCUCUGGCCCAACCCAUCAGUUUCUGGGACCAAUCAGAACGGUUAGAAUGUGUUUGUGUUCUAGAAAUUGUCAGGGAGGUACGCAGAUCUAGCCUCAUUGCAGAGAAGAAACAUAUUGUCCGUGGUUGUGGCAUAGCGUUCGGCCAGAGCAAGGAGUUUGGGUAGCAAGCCAACCUUAGCCAUAGUUUAUUCACAAUAAUCCACUGGUUCUCAUGCAUUAUUGCUUAAAUAACCUUCUCUGUCAGUUUGUAGUAAGGGAAUACAUUUUAAGUUCUGAUAAUUGAUGACUGUGUUGAGAAACUUUUACUAGCAUUAGGCUUACACACUUAAAUAGAAACUGCAUUUCGAUUUUCAGCAUGUUACCUAAAUUCUGAAAUGUUUCAAUAUAACCUGUGCCCUGUAAUAAGUGCAAUUGAACACCAUUGCAGUAAUAACCCAUGUGUUUCACCAUCGGAUUAUGCUUUAUUUCUGAAAAAUGUGAUCAUUACACAAUGUAUUAGAUAAUGGUAAUCCACACUAUCAUGUAUGUAUUAGAUAAUGGUAAAUCCCAAGAUCAUGUAUGUAUUAGUAUUAUAUAAUGGUAAGCCCCAGGAUCAUAUAUGUACUACUUUAAUUCUGUAUAAAACCAUAGUAAUAAUAAUAAAAAAUGAUUGUUAAGAUUGA